UUAAAAAAAAUUUUUACUCUAAAAUUAGUAAAUACCUAAAAUAUUACUAUCUUGAGCACUUUAUUAUUGUACAUAGUAUAAAGUAUCAAUAUAGAACGAUGUCAUCAGGAACUUUGUAUAUGCUACUUACCCUUAUAUUUUUUGAAACUACUGCAACCAAAUCAUUACCUUAUAAAUCCAUACAACCUCAAAUUUUAAACGGUAACCAAGCAUACUUGGGUCAGUUUCCUUGGCAAGUGGCUUUAUCUUUCUAUGGUUUGACUUCACAAUGGGAGUGCAGUGGUGUACUUAUUAAAGAAGAUUGGGUCCUCACUGCGGGACAUUGCGGAGCUUUUGAGUUCGUCAGCGUUGAUGCAUUCGUAGGAUCUGUCAAUGAUAGCAGGGGCGACUUACGGUCAUUUGCGUACGAUAUGGGACACCCCAGUGGUUACUCAUCCCAUCCUCUGGUAGACGAUAUUGGACUCCUUCAUUUGGAAGAACCUCUUGAAAUUAACGAUAACGUAAAACCCAUAGAUCUGAGCUGGGAACCGUUAGGUCCUAAUCUCAAUAUUACAGUGAGUGGGUGGGGGGCCACUAAUGAAUAUGGUGGUGCCGGUCCAUCUUCCUCUUUGUUUUACAUUACUUUGUCUACUAUUGAUAAUACUGAGUGUAAGAAAACAUAUGGAGAGGAUACAAUCCGUGAUGAGAUGGUUUGUGCUGUUUCGACAGGAAAUGUUCUUCAAGCCACUUGCUUUGGAGAUAAUGGUGGUCCCGCUAUAGUUUACACUGAUGGUAAACCUGUGCUUGUUGGUAUUGCCAGUUUUGUAAGCGACAGAGGGUGUGAAAGUGGCGAUCCUUCAGGGUUUACGAGAAUUGGAAAUUUUGAAGAGUGGAUCCGGGACACUACUGGUCUUUAGCUUGGAGCUAAAUAUAUAUUUAUUAAUAAAUGCAAUUUUAAAAUAGCAA